AUGUGUUCUUUCUGGGCAUUAUACUUGCUAUUAUCGACUGACUCUUUAUUUCCGUCAACCUUUUAUGAAAACAGGAUUCAGGUCAACAACCUUGGAUACGUUCUUCGACAACCGGUAUACUCAUCCGAGCACUUACGCGUAUCUCCACCGCCGCAAAACUAUUAUCGGGAGUCUGGGGACUAUUGCGAAGCACAGAUAUCGGGCCCCUUCCCCAACCAACCUACUAGUAGUUUGAAUAGAUACCAGAAUCUAAUAUGCUACAAGUAG